UUUGAAAACAGGAAAUGCGCAGUCAUUGGCUAGCAGUCCAGUGCAGACGUCACACAUCAGCCAAUCACAAGCUUCUGCACCCUGACGCCAUCCUGAGAUGCUUUAAAAGCAGCUGUGUUGGACACACUGUUACACUUGUAUUCUGAAGUGAUUAGACUGCAGCGAUGGCAAGAACCAAGCAGACCGCUCGUAAAUCCACCGGUGGUAAAGCCCCGAGGAAGCAGCUCGCUACUAAAGCCGCCCGGAAGAGCGCCCCAGCCACCGGCGGCGUCAAGAAGCCCCACCGUUACAGGCCCGGGACCGUGGCUCUCCGAGAGAUCCGUCGCUAUCAGAAGUCCACCGAGCUGCUGAUCCGCAAACUGCCUUUCCAGCGUCUGGUGCGAGAGAUCGCUCAGGAUUUCAAGACGGACCUGCGCUUCCAGAGCUCCGCUGUCAUGGCCCUGCAGGAGUCCAGCGAGGCUUAUCUGGUCGGUCUGUUCGAGGACACCAACCUGUGCGCCAUCCACGCCAAGAGAGUCACCAUCAUGCCCAAAGACAUCCAGCUGGCCCGCCGCAUCCGCGGAGAGCGCGCUUAAACCCGCCGCUGCAUCAGCCGCGUCACACCCCAAAGGCUCUUUUAAGAGCCAC